AUGCCGCCAUUGUCCGCUCCCCCCUCGAUGCUGCGAGUGAAAUGGGGCACACGUACCGUAGGAUUGAAUAACGUCGGCGGCACGGCGACCAUCAUACAAAAGGCCUCGGAGCAUUUCCGCGUGGAGCGCUGUCUCAAAGAAGACCUCGUCUUGGUGGGCGAAGUCGAGAGGUACCAGUUAGAGCUUACCGACGACCUACUCAACCGUCUGGAAAGCGGUGAUCUUGUGAUCUUGACGCAUAUACGUCGGGAAUGCGACGUUGGUUUCGGGCUCGGAAACGCCUCCGAAGCCACGCUUGUUGCAGCAGACAAGCCUUCGGCGGUCGGGGCUGAGGACUUUCGAACCGGGGACUUGCCACUAAUGCGGAGGGAAACAUGGCCUGCGACUCGAGAGGCAGGCAGCGAGCCUAGGCCUGGCCUGCUCAGACCAAAUAAUCAACGUGUUAGUAGCAACGGGCAGCACCACGUGUUGCCGCUCCCUGCGUCAGGUGGU